AUGGCUCAGGCAGCGGACUACGAUUCGACUGGCGUCAAGUACUACAAGAUACCAACCUUCAAGUUCUCUGACGGUACCACUCUCCACAAUGUUCAGGUGGCAUAUCGCUCGAUAAACCCCUCUUCGACGGUGGGGGCUAUUCUAAUACCAACUUGCUAUGGCGGAAUCAUCAACACUACGGAAACGUGGACGACUUCUCCCAAUGAUAGUCUAGCUAAGUAUCAUGUCAUAGUGGUUGCUAUGCUUGGCAACGGCGAGUCUGCCUCUCCUUCGAACAAGCCUAUGUUCCCAGAAAUUGGCCAGCUACGAUAUCAGGAUGUUGUCAAUGCGCAAUAUGCGCUUCUUACUGACCAUCUAGGCAUCAAGGAACUAGAGGCUGUUGUUGGGUUCAGCAUGGGUGGGCAGCAAGCCUAUCACUGGGCAGUGAUGUACCCCGACUACAUGAAACGAAUUGUCCCGAUAUGCAGCUCGGCACGAACGAGCCCUCACAAUUACGCUUUCCUCGAGGGUCCGAUCUCAGCCUUAACAAACUCGAUUGACUAUGUGGCCGUUCAAGCGAUGAAAGAAAAGGCCGCACAAGGCGAGCAGAUAGGACCUAAGCUCAAGGAAGUCAAGCCGAAACGAGGCUUGAGGGCAUUCGCUCGCGGGUAUGGCGCAUGGCUAACAAGUACUCACUGGUUCCGACAGCAGUUGUGGGGCAAGGUCGAAGGUGGGCUCGGGUUCGACAGUGUCGAGUCCUGGAUGGUCGCCAGAGGAGAAGGAUAUCUCGCGUGGGAGGCCGAUGAUCUCCUCAUCCUUGCUCGAAUGUGGCAGCAAGGCGACAUUGGCGCGGUCAUUCCCGAUAAGAACAGUUUGACAGAGCUUGGUGGGAAGCCUUCGAGUGACGAGCAGUUUCAGGCAGCGUUGCAGAGCAUCAAGUGUAAGGCGUUGCUCUUACCUUGUCAAACCGACCAAUACUUUCCACCAGAAGACUCCGAAAUCGAGGUCAAAUAUCUUCGACAUGGCAAGUGUGAGCCCAUACCAAGUGUGUGGGGCCAUGUUGCGGGCGGCGGCGCUAAUCCUGUUGAUCUUGCGUGGUUGAACGAACGACUUGCCAAAUUCAUGGCAGAAUGA